AUGGAAGCCAAGGUUCAGCCCUAUGUUUUCCUCCCGGCUGCUCGAAGCUCACUUUCAGAGCUGCGUCGACGAACUGCCAUACGAGCUGUCACACCCGGUUCAUCCUCCGGCUGUUGCCGGCCGCAAAGUACAGAAAUUGGAGCUCAGGUUCUUCUUCUCACCGGCAGAAGAACGAGCAGGGGAGCUCCGGGCGGCAGCACGAGCAGGCCCGUCGGGGAAGAGCAGCAACUUGCAGACGAGCAGCAGAAGAAGCUCGAGGUUGAGGAGGAGCUUGAGUCCCAGGCCCGCCUGGAGCUCCAGGUCCAGGCACUCGAGACCCAGGCGCGUGCAGGUCCUGUGCGGCGCCGGCGCAGGCCCUGGGCGGCGGGAGGGAUAGCAGCGCAGCCCUGGGCGGCGGGAGGGGAUCGCGACGCAGCCCUAGGCGGCGGGAGGGAUCACGGCUGGAGAGGAUGGCGGCGGAGCAGCGCCCUUCAGCAGUGGAGCCGCCGCCCGUCGAGGUGGUCGCCGUGGAGGAGCAGGUGGACGGCGCGGCGCAGCUCGCCUCCGUGCGGGCGACACAGCUCGCCUCGGGCGGCGCAGCUGGGCAGGGGCGGCGGUGGUUCACAGCGGUGGCGCAGGCCCUGGCCGUCGUCACCUGCUCGGCCUUAUGGUGGGUGCCGACGGUGGCGCGGGCGACCACGGUGUGCGUCGGCGACGAAGAAAGGAGGAAGAAGUAGCGGGGUCUGAUUAGCAAGAGAUUUGAAGCUAGAAGGGGUUUUCUGCAAAAUUGUAAAUGAACUAAGCAGUGGACAACUAUUCCCGGAUGGAGGGAGUACAUACGCUAUAACUGAUAGAUACACAUGGUCAUACACCUCUUCCUAUGGGGGUUUAGCUGUGAUCAGCCCAGGAUAAUGUAGACAAAUGAUGAUGUUAGUGAUAACAAAGACUCGUGGUAAACCGGCCCGGAUGGCAUUUGGGUUUUGUAAGUACAAUCUUCAUAUCAUAUUCUCUCCAUUGGGAAUUA